AUGGAGCAUCGAAAGUGCGGCGAUACCGACGUUACCGCUCGAGACUCAGAAGCAACGUCAACGCAAGGCAAUAACCACAAGGGUGAAGAAGGACAGAAGAUAGCGGUAGCCACCGGUAUAGUGACUGAAGAAAAGUGGAGUGAACUUAGCAACCUCCGAGUUGCAGGUGACAGCGAGGAGACAGCUCAGUCUCAGCCUAGCUCGAGCUGCAGUGCCGUCAGCAAUAGGCAUAAUAUUAGACGCAUUAGCAGCUAUGCACAUUUGAAAACGCCACAGGACGACGGUGAGUUGAGUAAGUCGUCACUCAGCUUCAUUCUAGACGACCAGGCAGCAUCGGCGGCAGUCGGUAAGAUGUUUAAUAUGAUGUUUUCUGGUGUUGUCUCACUCAAAAUGUCAAAUAUCCUUCAGAAGACGAAAACUUCACGUCGGGGGGCAAGAUAUUUUCGGCGUCGGUCACCAGGAGCAGAAGCAGGAGUACCGGAGAUCUAA